AUGAAGGAGUGUAAAAAAGGCCGCGGUAAAUCACGCAAAUCAUCUCCAUAUUUCGAUGGGGCCGGCGUGCCAGAGAUUCAACCGUUGCAGCAAAGCGCGUUCUACUACGAUCAGGGAUUGCUUAAUCAGGUUCAGGCGACUUCCUCUUCAACAGCGUCUGUGACUUUGUCGCGUACAUUGAUGUCUCUCCCGCGACAAGAAACAGAGAACCGCUCGUUUUUGAACAUGUUACAGGUCAAUUCGUAUGAUAGUUAUCGGUGCAACAAUCAGUAUAAUAGUCAGUACAUAAAUUACUACAACAUUCAGAAUAACUGUCAGUACAACAAUCCGUGCAACGGUCAAAUCGGUUCGUAUGUAUCGGAUUUUGCGUUAACUGCCCCGCAAUUUUACCCUCAACCAAUGACGACGAUUUCUCCUUCGGCUCAACAGCAUCUACAAUAUGAGCAUCAAUCUGCUUAUGACGGAAACAAACAGAAUUAUUUGCCGUACAAUGCAUAUUCAAAUAAUUACAAUCACAUGCCACCAAACCCUACUACAAAGAUGCUGCGUUGCAAUUUAAUGCUGCCUACUACAAGACCGUUACAAAAAAUACCACAAUCAAACAAUACGAACAUUUUACAGCAGCAAUAUACAGCGCAACAAAAUUACGCGGGUGACAAUAACGAGUCAGAAAGUCAUAUUACCACUAAUAAUCAGGUGUUGCCUAUUCUAAGGCCGUUACUAGAGGUAUCGGGGCAAAAAAAUGUAUACGCUACACAACAAUAUGCAGCGCAACAAAAUUACGCGAGUGACAAUAGCAAACAACAAAGUCCGAUUGCAGCUAAUUAUCAACUCUCGCCUAAUAUUUCAAGACCGUUACAAGAGGAACCACAAUACAACGACAUAAAUAUCAUACAGCAAUAUGCAGCGCAGCAGAAUUACGCCGGCAACAAUAGUAAGCAACAAAAUCACGUUACAACUAAUAAUCAGGUGUCGCCUAUUCUAAGGCCGUUACCAGAGGCCUCGGGACAAAAAAAUGUAUACGCUACACAGCAAUAUGCAGCGCAACAAAAUUACGCGAGUGACAAUAGCAAACAACAAAGUCCGAUUGCAGCUAAUUAUCAACUCUCGCCUAAUGUUUCAAGACCGUUACAAGAGGAACCACAACACAGCGACAUAAAUACCAUACAGCAAUAUGCAGCGCAGCAGAAUUACGCCGGCAACAAUAGUAAGCAACAAAAUCACGUUACAACUAAUAAUCAGGUGUCGCCUAUUCUAAGACCAUUACUAGAGGCACCCGAAGAAGGGAAUAUUUACGCUACACAGCAAUACGCAGCGCAACAAAAUUACGCGGGUGACAAUAGCAAACAACAAAGUCCGAUUGCAGCUAAUUCUCAGGAUUCGCCUGUUUUAAAAUCGUUACUACAGGAACCACAACACAGCGACAUAAAUACCAUACAGCAAUAUGCAGCGCAGCAGAAUUACGCCGGCAACAGUAGCGUGCGACGAAAUCACCUUGUAGCUAACAAUCAGGUGUCGCCUAUUCUAAGGCCAUUACUAGAGGCACCCGAAGAAGGGAAUAUUUACGCAACACAGCAAUAUGCAGCGCAACAAAAUUACGCGGGUGACAAUAGCAAACAACAAAGUCCGAUAGCAGCUAAUUCUCAGGAUUCGCCUGUUUUAAAAUCGUUACUAGAGGAACCACAACACAACGACAUAAAUACCAUACAGCAAUAUGCAGCGCAGCAGAAUUACGCCGGCAACAGUAGUAGUGAGCAACAAAAUCACCAUGUAGCUAACAAUCAGGUAUCGCCUGUUUUAAGGUCAUUACUAGAGGUAUCAGGACAUGUAUACGCUACACAGCAAUAUGCGGCGGAACAAAAUUACGCGGGUGACAAUAGCAAACGACAAAGUCCGAUUGCAGCUAAUUCUCAGGAUUCGCCUGUUUCAAGAUCGUCACAAGAGGCAUCGCGACAGAGCGAUAUAAAUACCGUACAGCAAUAUGCAGCGCAACAAAAUUACAUGGACAGUAAUAACAAACAACAAAGUCCGAUUGCAGUUAAUUAUCAAGUCUCACCCAUUGCAAGACCAUUGCAAGAGGUAUCGAGCAAAAUAAAUGCCGUACAGCAAUAUACAGCGCAACAGAAUUACGCCGACAACAAUAACAAGCAACAAAAUCACCUUGCAGCUAACAAUCAGAUGUCGCCUGUUCCAGAGCCUUUACAAGUAUCGCCUAUUUUAAGGCCGUUAUUAGAGGCAUCAAAACAAAGAAAUAUAUACACUACACAGCAAUAUGCAACGCAACAAAAUUACGUGGACAGUAAUAACAAACAACAACACAGUCCGAUUGCAGCUAGUUAUCAAGACUCUUCUGUUUCAAGACCGUUACAAGAAGCAUUGCAACAAAGCAAUGUAAACAUUGCACAACAAUUUGAAACACAACAAAAUUAUCCGGGCAACAAUAAUAAGGAACAAAAUCAGAUUGCAGUUGAUGGUCCUAAGUGCGAUCAACAAGUAUAUGCAAUUUAUCCAUGGAUGAAGUUUGACGUUAAUCCAGGUAAUGAAAAAAAACGAGAACGCAAAAGACAAACAUAUAUGCAAUGUCAAACUUUGCGCUUGGAGGAAGCAUUUUACACGAAUAGUUAUCUCAAUAAAACGGAUCGUUUGUCGUUGGCCAAACAAUUGAAUCUAUCAGAAAAACAGAUCAAAAUUUGGUUUCAAAACAGGCGAAUGAAAGCAAAAAAAGAACAACAGAAACUAUCACCUAUCAGUAAUAUUAACCAACAACGUCUGAGUUGCAACACAACAUCCGUGCAGGAACCAACGAUCUCACAGAAAUCAGUUGUGCAACAGCAACAGCCGAUUGUGCUGCAACAGUGGUCGAUGGCGCAACAACCACAACCUCAACAUAUAUCAUCAAAAAUACAUCAAAAUUACCAAAGUUAUCCGUAGCAACAAUACGUAUUUGGC